AUGUAUCAAUGUAUCCAAUGCCAACAACCUGUGACGCAGCAUCAAGAAACACUGUUUUGUGAGGAGUGUGAGAGAUGGCAACAUCGGGAGCGUGAUUCUGGAGUAACGCAAGCGGAAUAUCAACGAGCUGUAAGGGAGGGUUACAUCGAACGGAGUUGCAACGAGUGUGCUGUUAAUGACAACGUCCAGCAAUUACCUGACAAGUUAGAAGUUUAUGCCGCCGGCCAAGGACCCUUCAAGAAACCAGAUUCGCACCAAGAAGUUGAGAUUAACAAUCCCUAUCCCCAACCUAAUCCUGAAAAUGACGAUGAGGAUGACCAAAUAACGUACACGGUGCUAGAGGGCACAUCAGCUUGUGGGAAGGAUACUUUGGUAGACAGUCUUGGCUACCAGUAUACCAAAAAAGUUGACAAGCGACGAGCGAACACGAUCUGGCGCUGUCUCUUCGGACGAAGGCUAGAACUUGCAAAGCUACUGUUAUUCAGAAAGGCGGGGAGUACACUCCUGGAUUACGAUCACAUAUGCGGUAUGAUGCCAGUACGAGGGAAAGUAGCUGUUAUCCGAUGCAACAUAAAGUUAGAAACCGUGAGAAGACCAUAUGAAUCUGUGGCAGAAAUAGUUGAUAAAGUGCUACGAGAAGAUAUUGGGGUUGAACAGAUCGAACUGCACCCAACUCUGCCAAAGCCAUCGUGCCUCGCAAGACAAGCAAACCAGAAGAGGAAAUUAUCACGCCGAAGGCACCCAUCAGAUUUGAAUUUUGAAAGUUCAUGAGCAACACACGAGAUGACAUUUUUACAAUAAUAAAAUACUAAGAUAAGAAUUAAAUUGUAUGUAGGCCUAUGUAUUAUUUAUUGUUAAUUAUUGACUAUAGUAAAACAAUAACUAAAUGUUAAGAUAAGAAUGAAAUUGCGUACGUAAAAUGUAAUGUUGUUAAUUGUUGACUUUGCUAAAGUAAUAAUAAAAUGUUAU